AGAUCAAGAUGCCCGUUCAACAUAUUUCCCUGCCCACUAUUCUACCAACUCCACCCACGAACUUCAGUCAACUUCUUUUAUCAAACUACAUCAUUUUUUAUACUCGUAAUCAAAAGCUGCUAGGGGAAACCCCACCCAACCAAGUUCAAUCCCAUCCUUCCAUGUCAACAACCAAGGUGAGAUCAUGGGUCCCCACUCUGACUUCAUAGUGCGGUCAUUACCACCAGGAUUCCAAGUCGACCGAAUCAUCGAACAUCAACCAUAUAAAGCUGGAUCGUUGGCCUUCACGAACUCAGAUGUAAAACUCAUUCUAACUAAUUAACUUUCCAUAUUAUACCCUUCCUUGACACACACUACAUACCUACAUCCACCUCAUCACCUCAAAACACCCUUUAAAUCACUCACAAUGGUCCGCGGCGCCGAAUACGACAACAACGUCCCCUCAAGCGACAACCCCAUCGAGAACGGCCCUAACAAGGUCCACGGCGCAGGCUCAACCGUACGUCCCCAUCCAACCCCCCAAACACUCUCUCACAAUCCACAUACUGACUCAAUUCAAAAGGACGCUGACAUCAACCGCGUCCACCGCACCGCCGAACUCCCCGAAGCAGCCAAAAGCUCAGGCGGCCUACACAGCGGCGGCGGCAGCUCGGGCCCCACGCAAUCAGGCAGCGGCAAGGGCGGCCACGAGCCCAAGACGCUGGGCGAGAAUAAGGGGUUGGGAGCGCAUAAGGCUUGAUUUCUCAGUGUAAAAAGUACUAUGGUUGGGUUUGUGGAUUUGUCGGUGCUUUUUCUUAUGAUUUUUAUUGUGGUUGUGAGGGGGGAGGAAGAUACGGUCUGGGACUGGAUAGAUUAAUUCGUUGAUGGGUUGUAUGAUAGCAUCAUGGUUUUAUGAGUUUGUAUAUUUCUUUUUUUACCCCUGUGAAUGGAAUGAAAGAUGAUUGUCAUGUCAAC